UUAUUUGUACUUCCAUUGCUUCUGUUCAAGUUUUUACUUUAUCAGUUUGAAGCCUUUAAAAGUCCAGACAACUUUUGUUGCUUAACAGCUUAGACAGAUAAUGUGCUCUUUCAACCAGCAUUUGUUAUACUUGAGUUUUUUUGAGCUGGUAAAUAAUAGCAUGGGGUUUUCUUGAAGACCAACAGCACUUGUGGAGAACCACCACUGGUCAGGUGGAUGGGGUGAGGUGUGUCCAUCUGUCACUGACUUCCCUGCUGCUAUAAAAGCACAGAGAUGACUCUCAUUCAGUCACAUUUGAUCUAAGGUGACGACACUGUUUGACAUGGAGAAGAAGAGCAGCCCAGGGCUCAUUCUCUGUUGUUUUCUGGCAACUGUGUUCCACUUAGAAGCAAAAUUGGAAAUAACAGUUUACAUGCCUGGAAAUGAAAAGAGCUGGGAUGAUGCAAGGCAAUACUGCCAAUACAAUUACAUUGACAUGGUUUCCUCGAACACUGUAAAUCUAGAUGACCUCGCUGACUGGCUAGAAAAAAAAAAGGUGAAUGACGUCUGGAUAGGUCUACAUCAAGAUCUGGAUUUGGCUUGGAGAUGGAUUGAUGUAAGAACUGGUGUAGGUCUCACGGGAGAUGAUGUCUCACAGAGUAAUAAAUGGUUACAACAGCUGGUUGUUGGACAGGUGCUUAAUGCAAAGUGUGGCACUUUAACUAAAACUAACAAUUGGGAGAACAAAGUGUGCUCUUCAGAACGUCCUUUUGUCUGCUAUGGCGAUAAUCUGCUGUUUAUAACUGAGAAGAAAACUUGGGAGGAUGCUCUGAACCACUGCAGGAGCUUGUCAACAUCCUAUUUUAAGUAUGACCUCCUGAGUUUGUCGACAUCGCAAAGUCUUGGCUACAUCAGAGACAGGAUCUACAAAGCCACCACGGAUCAGGUUUGGACAGGUCUGCGCUUCCUGGGAGAAGAUUGGUUUUGGUCAGAUGGAAGCACAGUCAACCAGCAGGAGAUGCUGCCCAAGUGCCCGGCCCAGUGGAAAUUCUGCGGCGCUGUGUCCAAAAACGGCAUUGAUGAAUGGAUGAUCGUUGACUGCUCUGAGAGAAAAAAUUUCAUAUGUUCUAGAACUACAGUAGGGGAUUAAACCUCCAGGGAAACGCAUGAGAAAGAGGAUGACCUGUAAUGUAAUCAAAGUUUCUGUGCAACAGGAAGUGAUUUAGAAGUCUAAAUGGAAAUUGGGCAAAAAAAUUGCAAAUGUAGAUUUAAUUUAUUUAGGUGCACUGAAAUAUUUAUUUACCAAUGGUGCAUGUUAGCUACUGAUUAAGGAUUGGGGACUUUUGUUUGAUGAAGAUUGCUAUUAAAAAAUAGGUUGUUCUAAGAACUUUGUAAACUUUAAGCUACAAGACAAAACAAAACUGUGGCAUGACAUUUGAAUAUGCAUUCAUGUUAUUUACUUUCUGUUUUCUUAAGGAGCCAAACAAAUGAGUUUGAUUUAAACAAAGGAACAAAAGGCAUUUAAAUGAAAUUUAGGUAAGAUUAUUUGCUUACAUAUUUAAUGUAUGUCGUUUUAGAAGUCAGAACAUUUCUUUAAAACCAAUUUAUUUAUCCUUUUUAAUUUUUGAUUUCCUGACACAAUGUAAUAAGAUGACCUUGUUUUUUUUUUUGUAAAGUGGUCAAAUUGCAUAUUUGAAUUAAAUCUCAAAAGGUGUUUUCCUCAUGUUUUA